UCCCCCAUAAAGAGCGCGCGCCGAGAGAGGACGCAGGCUUCCUUUGGUCACCGCGAGGAAAUCCAGCUCUCCAGAGACACCGAAAGGCGACUUGAGCUGAGUUUCGGGAUGCGUCCUUGAAUCCUCCGACUGACGUCACACCUUCCGAUAAGCCGCCGCGCGCGCUUUCUGCCGCUGGAGAGCUUUGUUUUUGGAUCGAUCAUGAUCGCGAGGGGACUCUUCGUGUUGACGGUGCUGACCAACUGCGUUCUGUCGCUGCCAGUGACUCCCGGUCAGCUGGAGAACGACGACGUGGAGGUGAUGAAAUGCAUCGUGGAGGCGCUCGCAGACGUGCUGUCGAGGCCCCAGCCCACGCCCGUCAGCGAGGAGUGUUUGGUCACGCUGAAGACGGACGACCGGCUGGUUUCCGUCCUUCGCCGUCACAACUUUCUGAAGUUGCUGCAGGACAUCGCUGUUCAAGGUCAUCAGGAGCGAAGCGCCGCUACGCCAGAACCAACCGCACCAACGCCUCAGGCUGCAGAGGACGAGGCGGAUCGAUCCAUGCUGGAAGCUUUAGGAGGCCCAGGAGAACGAUCCAUCCUGUCCCAGAAGGAGGGCAAAGAAGAAAAGGAUGACAGCGUGGGAGACGGCGAGUCACGAGACGCCACCGAGGAGGCGAAAGAGGAGGAGCAGCGAGACGAGAGUCCAGGGAGCCGCGGGUCCACGUCCGUGGGCGAGGACAGUGAGGACGAGGCCGAGAAGAGGGAGGAAGAGGGAGAUCAUGAGGAGAAGAGAGUUCAUUUAGAGGAUGAACACAUGAUCAAGGAUAAGAAAGGUGCUCGGUCUGGUGAGGAGAGAGAUGCACCCAGAAUCAAAUCCAAAGAGAAGAAGUCUGUCGAAGAAGGCGAGGAGGAGGAGGAGGAGGAGAAGGAGGAAGACAAGAGAUCCGCAUAUUUCUCUCACGGCCCUAAACCAGAGGAGGAAGAGGAGGAAGGAGAGAUGAAGAGAGACGGCCACGAGAGCCAUAAGCGAUGGACCAAGAGAGGGAAGUCGUCACCGGGGGGGAGGAAGAAGGCCGUCGGCGAGGAGGCGCCGCAUCACUCAAAAGAGGUCGCAGAGGAAGAGGAGGAGGAGGAGAAGAAAGGAGCCACGCAGAGGAGUCCAGAGGAGAAGGAGCUGCGGAUGAUCGCCGGGGGGGGCCCCGAGGAGAGGAGGGGGUCGGAGGAGGAGGAGGGGAGCGCCAGCCGGAAGCCCGAGGAGCCGGGGAUUGAAAGCCUGGCAGCCAUCGAGUCGGAGCUCGAAAACGUUGCCCAGAAGCUCCAUGAGAUGCGGCGAGGAUAGAAGAGAGAGAAAGAGAGAGAUUGCUAGAAGAAGUGGACGCUGCAGUCUCCUCCGCCUCACCAGCCGCCCCGUGUCCACCGCUGAAGCGUUUCCGAUAUUUAUCCUUCUCCAGAGAACGACCGCCGCGCUGCAGCUUCCCUUGGGACGUCGUGUCCUUCAACCAGAUCAGCAUACAGUACAUGCACAUUGCAGCUAAACAACACACCACAAAAGACACACACCAGCAAGGUGGAGUUGCACCGUAACGGCACGUAUUCUCGUACCGAGCUACUAAUGGGAUGCUUACUUAUGGGGGAGCGGUAGACAAAGACGUAGACGCUUGAUUAUUAUAGAUACACUUAAUCCAGUGCAAUAAGUCAACAUUUUUAGCAGAUUUAUGACGUGUGAUUCAUUUAUGUAAGAAAAUCAAUACAUUUAAUAGUUUAACUGGUUUUGGUAGAUGAUUUUAAUGCCUCUGAAAUGGAAUGAAUAUUUGCAGAAGACCAUUAAUGCAAUAAACUCUGCGUACUAACUACUUUA